AUGGAAAAACUCCUCUCUAUCCUGCUUCUCCUGGUCCUCCCUGUUCUCCCAGGCAUCCUCCUCUAUCUCCAAACCCCCAAACCCUCCUGCCAUCCUCCCCUCUGCACAACAUGCCAGAAGAAAAUCUCCCGAUCUGCUCGCACUGCUCGCUAUCCCCAAGACCAAGAUGCCCUCAUCUGCCAAACACGGCUGCAGUUUCUGACUCUCGUGCAGCCAGAGAUGAACGAGCAUGUUCUGUGCCACUCCUGCGCGGUCUUUCACGACAAAAGCUCCAUCGACACGUGCUAUAAUGAAUCUUCCCUUAGAACCAUCGACGUCAGACAUGGUUUCCCGUUUACAUGGGCUUUGCAGAUUCGAAACUUCCACCGCUACGGAAAGAGUCACGCUGUGAACCCUCAUAUCCUGCAUCGCAGCCAUCUCGAGACACAUUAUACCGGGGCGGCCUUACGGUUCUCGCGGAGACGGAAGUGGGAGUAUCGAACUACAGCAGAUGGGAUCAUGAUGAAGCAGCGUAUUUCGGUUAGCUUCGACAGCGACGACAGGCAGAUCCAAGAGGAAGAAGCCUUUGGGUCGGACUAUUUCAUCUGCCCUCAUCUCGAAUGGGAGGAAGUGUUUAGCAAAGACCGUCUGUCAGAGAAACAAGAGACGGGAGUCAAGUGUACUGUCUGUCGGGCAGAGCUUAUAUACAGACUCGACCAACAGACCGAGGGACAGGACUUUCACGUCACCACCUACCACCUGCUUGGCUAUUGUCGUGAUCCGUUUGAAAGCCAGUGGUGUCCGGUUACUGAGAGACACGCUGAACCUAGCCGUCCUUUGUAUUUGAAGAGUGUUGGACCACUACGAGCCUCCUUUGACGCGAGUCCAGCAUUGCCAACGCCCUGCUAUGCAGAAUGCAUGGACAGUUGUUGAAGCGAGAAAUGCUCGAAUCAGUCGUGUAGUUAGAUUUCACAUUGCAUGCACUGUAUCACCGCAUAUGUAAGGACGACUAUAUAAAUGGCAUGGCUAUUGGCUAUGGGAGAAAAGUACUCCAU